AUGGAUGGCGAUCGACGUAUGAAGCAGAAUGAAAGGUCAAUGUCUCGGUCUGGAAAUGCUCGCAGACCACCUGGUCGUGCAGCAGAUGGGUUUGACCCAGCCAUACCACGUGGAAACCAAACGGGGAUGUCGCAACCCCCGGAGCAAGUCCCGAUGUCCUACGACUACGGAUACACAGGCAGCUCCUUCCACGGCGGUUCCCUGCAGUCAAACGACUUGCAGAACUAUCAGCCCCAGGACUAUGUACGAGCUCAACGACCUCAACAAGCGCCGCGACGGCGCGCGCCGCCGCAGGACCCCGCUGCAUUCCCACCUUACGACUCUAACAUGCUGUACGGGUUCGGUCAGCAAGGUCCAACUCAAGGACACUUCGAGGUUGUGCCACAGUACCAGACACGGCAGUCUGCAGCCAUUGAUGUCCUGUCGAACCAAUUUGCCGUUCCACAGUAUUUUGCACCAGAAGACUCUGCAGGGUCUGGGGUCGCGGGACUUUCUCCUUAUCUAAAUGCGCAACUCCAGCCUUAUAACCAACCGGGCCCCAUGGCACGCCCGAACACCACCCAGACCUUUUCUGCACCCAUCUCUGAUUUCACUGCAAUCGGUUCCGGGUCCAUGAACAGAGUGGAUCAGCCCCAACCAGAGUCCCAACAGCCGUCGGAUCAGCCUAGCCUGGAUGAGGCUAUCGGACGAUAUCAACGCAUCCUGUGCCACACUUUCGAUCAAACGCGAGCCGGAAGAUUGGUAGAGGCUGGAGGAUCGCUGCUUGAAAUAUCCGAGUGGCUGGUGACCAAUGCACGGGAACUUGGCCUCCUCCAUGACGACAGCAUCCAUUACUCCGACCGUCUGAAACUCUGGAGCGAAUUCAAUCUAUGUUGGCUAGCCAUCUGUCAAAAGCAAAAGGAUUUGAUGCUGGAGGUGAUUGCGACAGGUCAACAACCUGCACAUACGAGUCUAAUCCGACGAGACCGAAUGGAGGCUAUGGGAAGGGACCUAAUUCAGCUCUGCGAUCAACUUGAGCCUCACGGAUUAGUAGAUUACCAAAUGGGUAUAUGGGAAGAAGAGAUCCUGUCCGUCUUGGGCCAAUGCCUUGAUCUCAUGGACAAUAGACCCGACCUCCACCACAUCCCUGUCAGACCCGAAGCCACGACAGUGCCUCGACCAUGA